UCGCGGGCGUCCGUUUUAUCGCUCCAGUCUCCCCUCUAUUUGUUUUGGCAUUUGUGUUCAGGCAUCACCAUCAUCAUGACUAUAAAUAAACAGUGGCGCGAUUUAUCAUAUAAGUCGAGCCUAAGCUUAUCGCGAUGCAGAAGUACGACUGCUCUGUCUGCACAGAUGAGGGUGCGGGAGAAUUUUGCCGCGUAGAGUUUUCUACUAUUGCUUAAACAAAGGGCGUGCUUAGCACCCAGUAGGAGAGGAUUGAGUGUACCUACAGGGCUUCCAUGCCAUUCUAUUAUUAGCUCUGCCAAAGUCUCGAGCUCUGCCACCGCCUCGUCUGGAGCGGAUUGGGCAGCCACGGUGGUGUUUGACUUCGACCCUCUCUCAUCUCUCCCUCUCCCUCCGAAGUCUUGACCCGAGCAAGAAGUAGGCUUCCCCAUGGCUUGCUGUUAGUUUGGGUCGGCACUCAUGUGCAAGGGGCUUUGAUGAUGGUGGAGAGGAAGAGAGAUGAGGGAGAAGCAAUGGCCAUGAACGGGCCGCGGCAGGAAGGAGAAGCAGAAGCCGCUGCGGCACCGGCAACGGCAGUGACAGGAGAGAAGGGAGAGGGAGAGAGGGAUGACGGAGAAAGGGCCGACGGCGAGGAGCGGAAGGAGGAGAGCGAGGAGGAAGAAGAGGAGGAGGAGAAGAAAGACAAGGUGGAGCUGGAAGAGUGGUCCGAGCUAAGGCUGGCGAUCGCGGAGCUGUCCCCGAUCAGCCGGCGCGGCGGCAAGCUGUGCUCCUCGCCUCCCACGCUGCCCUUCCUCGGCCUCUCCCACCUCCUCCUCCGGCUCCUCGAUAAGAUUGGUCCGACAAUGGCAGUGCUGCGGCUCGACGUCCAACGGAACAUCGAGAGGCUGCAGGAGCUAUACUUGCAGGACCCAUCCAAAUACUCCACUCUGACGGCGAUGGUGGAGAAAGAGACCGACGACGGCACCGUGAGGAAGGCCGAUAGCUGUGCAAGGGCUAUUCUAUGGCUCACUAGAUCCAUGGAUUUCUCUGUUGCACUGUUACAGAGACUGGAGGAGGAGGAGGAGGGUUCUGAUCAGCAGAGCCUUGCACAGCUUGUAGAAGCUGCGUACAAGGUCUCUCUCAAGCCGUGGCAUGGCUGGAUUUCUUCCGCGGCAUGCAAGAUCGCAUUGAAACUCAUCCCUGAGAGGGCGAUCUUCGUCGGCUGGCUCAUGGGGGAAAACCAGAGUUACAGUCUCCCCAAGCUCGAGAUUGAGAAGCUCGUCCAGCUGCUCCAGCCCUUUCUCGACGACAUCCAUGCCAUGCUGGCCAAGUUCAAACUGGACAGGCUGAAGUCGACCUGAGGGUGAAUGCUAAGAUGGUCUCCAUUUUCAAAUUCCACUUCUGUGAAUACCGCCUUGGUUUGUAUGCGUACAUGUUUCUCUUUUUUGAGCUGCCCGUGCUCGUGCGCCUCACUCUGUAAAUAGGUCUUCAUGUAGGGUAGGACUAGAUUUGUAGCGCUCCUUGCGGGUACGAGUUCUGCCUAGUCAAUGUACUUGUCCAUCUUUCUACCCUCAGUAAAUUGCAUUUUCCACCGGCUUUGUUUGUA